CGGGCUCUCAAGCUGCACAGUAUGGCAGCAUGUCUGCCAUACCUUCUCCACCAGCCGUGCUGUUCAACACAGGUUCCGGCCAACUUCCAGCUCAAGCGGGAGGUCUUUACGGAGCGUUUCAAUUAGACCAGAGCCGAUCUCCUUUCACUCAGUAUCCACCGUACGCGCCGUCUUUGCAAAAUUCGUUUAGCCAGCAGAACGUCUACUUGCAGCAGGCUCCUCCGCCGCCUCCGCACGCGCCGAAUGCGCCUACCCCGGAAAUGUAUCAGAGCAAUCUCUCCCAAUAUCGUAUCACCGCGGCUGCUGCCCCACCGUUCGGGCAGAAUCAACAACUCAGUAACAACCCGAAUACGGUUCUGAUCAGUUCCUCCUCGAAUUCUUUGAUGUCGGCGAGUGUAAAACCAUCCUCGCAGCCCAUCGGUGCGAUUGGAACAAAAGCUCCACAUUUCCAAGCACCGUCUGCUCCGCAACCAAAUCCAUUAACGUACAUACCCUAUGAUCCGAAUCAAGUGCUCGGGGUAAGUGGUAGUUACAUGGGCAAUUCCCAGUUGGUACAGAGACCUGGCCCAAACGUACAAGCUUCCGCAAAUAGUUACUAUAGUGCCACUUCGGCUGAUGUAUUUCCCGGCUCGCAAACAGGCUUUUACCAACCAGGUGGCGCCACGCAACAAACCGGUACUCAUUAUGGACUUCAAGGAUUCGGUCAACACAGUCAGAAUUUGGCGACUGGUAGCGCUACACCCGUUGGAUUACAAAAUUUCAGUUCUGGCUUUUUAUCCAGUUCCGGUUUACAGAUCGCCGCAGCCGCGGCGGCUCAGCAGUUUCGCAAUCCUACAGGCGGACUUCCCGGCCCGGCAAACGCUGGUCCCACGUUUCUCAGCAAACAUCAGCCGCAAGAACAACCCAGACAACUGAAGAGCCCAUCGGGAAAUCAACAAGAUGUCCUUGCAUCGGUUUUCAGUUCCA